UAAAAGGCCUGCAAAUGUGAAUACCAUGAAAUCAUCAAUUAAAGAACCAAAAGUUUCUAAAAUACCGGUUCCAAGACCAGAUUCCAGUCUGCUUUCUAGGACUUCCAAGAAUGUUACAGUUGGUGCAAAUGAUUUAAAGCGGAAUCAGAUUGCUCAUCCUGCAGUGAAGUUGAACAACACCAAAAGUGGGCCAAAUAAUGCGAAGGUCACUCCUAAUGGAAAUUUUUUAACUUCCAAAAGUUCUGUUCGACAGGCCGGAAGGAAUGUGGCCAGCUUGGUGAAGGGUUCUCCAACCAAAAUAUCCUGUCCACCGACUUUUGAAGCAAAUAAGGGCUUUGAGGGAUAUCAAAACAAGCAGUUCCUUCAAAUGGUCAUGCAGCAUAUGGCCUUGGUGACAGAUCCAGAAAAACUGCAGUUCCACAUAUGAUUCCAAAGCAAGCCCUUCCUUCUACCGCUCAUGCAUCACGUGGCCGUAAUGACAGAUCCAGAAAACCUGCAGUUCCUGUGAUGAACUCAAAACAAGCACUUCCUUCGACCAAGCAUGCAUCAUAUUGUUGUCAUGACAGAUCCAGAAAAACUGUAGUUCCUCUCCCUCUUUCUGGUGUGGUAAAUCCUCAACCCCCAACAUCAAAGCCAUCAGGUUUGCGGAUGCCAUCACCAUCGCUGGGUUUCUUUCAGCAGCCAAAACCUUCUUCUUUGCCUAGUCCUUUGAAGACAAACUCUCAAUCAUGCGUUAUUCCUAAUUUGAGGCAAGCGGGCCCUGUAGAUCCAAUUCAUGAAUUUCCGCUGCCCUCUUCAGUUGGGGAAAAGCAAAAUGUGACCAUGGAUGGCACAAUAACGGGAUAUAAUGAUGUCACAAUAUCAGGAAACAAUGAUGUCCAUUGCUCAAGUUUGGAUUGCUCUGUUUUAUCUAUUGUUAACCCUGCCACAAAGAAGAUUGUGGAAUCAUUCUCGCUAGUAACAGAUAUGCAGAAGGCAGAUCUGAAGGUUAGGUCUAGCUCAAGUAAUUGUGAUAUAACAAAUAAUAAGCAAAAGUUCGAUAGAAUUUCUGUUCAUGAAGAAUCUAUGGGACAAGCAGAACCAUAUAUUACUGAAAAGGUUAUUCACAUGGAAGAGGUAGAAUUUCAGAGGAAUGAGGAUAAACUUCUUUCACAGAGGGGAUCCUGUGAACAAUUGGAUGAAGAUGAUAAUAGCAUGAAUGUUGCUUUUGUACUUCCUCCAAAAAUUAAAGAUACUGAUAAAUCACAGGUUACAUCCCACCUUAGUUCCACGGUGAAAUUUCCUGGUGUUUUUGGCAGAGUCAUAACUGACCAUCAACUUCUUGAAGACAAACCAAUUGUUUCUCUCCAGAAGAAUUGCUGUGUUUUUUCCAAGUCCAAGUCUGAAGAUGCAAGUUCUGUCAAUGGUACUUCAGUAUCAUAUGUUGAUCAGUCUAGCGGUGAUCAAGACAAUAAAUUGCAUGGGGAACAAGUUAAUCUGUCUAAACCUUUGACCUGUGAAGGAGAUCAAAUGGUAUGGGAAAAUAGUGGUAGUUUCACCAAGGAAUGUCAAACUUCUGAAGAGAUGCAGACCUACAGUUGUGUGAAGGUUGCAGAUGUCAGUCCAAAUGUCCAAAAUUCUAGUGCAACUGACUCUGAUGCUUUGUGUGACUCUGGAUUUGGUGACCGCUCAAAUAAUGGUGGUACAUUUGACAAAAUGAGUGAGAACCCACAGGAGGAAGAUGCACAAAUGCUGACUCUAAGUGGAAGAUUAACAGAUGAAAUGGAUGAUGCUGACCGGAGGACUUCUGCUUCAGAUAAUUGUCAAUUGGUGAUAACUGAUUGUGGAAACAAAAAGCUUGAACAGCUAGACCUUUCAAAUUCCUGCUAUACCGGAGAACAGGUUUUCCAGGAAAAUAUAUUGCGCUUAGAUGAUUGUGUAUUGGAUAGAUUCAGUACUAUCCCUGAAGAAUCCUGGCAGAAAAUUGCUCUUCAAUGUGUUGAUUUAAAAGAAACACAAGGAACUGGUGCCUGCAGAAAUGAAUCAGAAGUUUCGAAAACCCUUUCUAUAAUGCCACCUGCUAUGCCAGAUUGCAGGUCCAAUGGGGCAGCAAUAAUGGAGUCCCAGGACAAUUUUGCUUCAGUGUCGGAAGACAAAGCAAUGGUUCAGAGUUACAACCUUGACUCUAGGAAUGACUCUCAGCUUAAUUGUCAAGAUUGUUGUUGGAGCCGGAGAGUGUGGAUGAAGUUCAAGCCAUAG